AUGGAACCACGAAAUAUAAAAUGUAGUCCACUGAUCGUAGGUGCACCGCCGGGUACGCUGCUUCACCAACAUUCACCUGAAGAACAAGAGCUGACAAUCGAAGUACAGAGCUGGCACAAGCAACUGCACAAUCGGUCGGAGGGAAACAGCGUAUGUUUUGCAAACAGCAUUAAUUACUUUUGGAAGAACAAUAACGAAAUAAAUGAUUGGAUAAUGAAUACACCAAAUACACUUCAUAUGCCUAAAAAUAGAAGACAAGAAAUAACCACCGUAUAUAUGACGCUGUAUGACCAGUUCUGUCGCCAUCGCACAUCGGGAACACAAGCCACCGCAUCGAUAAAUAAGUCUUUCCAAGUUUCCACCGGGCGAUAUAUUAAAUGUCAACCCAGCUUACCUAGCAGUCUUAGUAAGUUGAACUCCCCUUGUUCUAUAAUAACGAAUAUGCCCGACUAUAAUAUUAACAAAAAAUACCAUUUAGGGAGAAUGAACUAUUCUGAAAUGUAUUUCUUUAGUAAAAAAAAUAAAAAAGACCUGAAGAGAGUGGACGAUGAGGACACAGAAUUCUACAAAUCGUACAAUAAGAGCGUGCAAGUGCAAAGUUGCAGACAUUCAACAUCUGCGCAAACUAAUAAGAAACAAGCGAGUUUGUGUUGUGCAACUGCAACAUCAAAGGCUGUGUCCAUUAAAGAACCUGACAAACAAAGAUGUUCCUCCAAGUUAGACACCAAUAACGAUUUUGGUUUAUCGGCAACUAUAUCGCACAUUAAAAUUGUCCCUCGCCAAUCGUGCCCAAUACAUGGUACCAGCCCUUGUCAAGGACCAAACUGUAAAGCUAUGGGUUUAGGACCGUGCUCUGAUCCUUGUGCCCCUUCAAAUUAUAUUGCUGUUAAUAGUGAUAGUGGAGAACAGACAGCCCCAAUAAAAGUGAGUACUACAAAUAACCCCAGACGUGGAGUGUUUGAAUUAGUAAUUCGCAGAUUGAAUGGAGCCCCUUUGGCUAGAAACGAGUUGUUUUUGGAAUGGAGUCCACCGCCCGGUCAGUCUGCUUCAUGUUGUGGACCUUAUCCAUUGAUAAGUUCGCUGCCUGGACCAUGCCGGCCGUCUAAGUGUAAAAUACCUGUAUGCCGCCCACCUAAGCCAAGGUGUUGCAAAAAGCCUUUAAGAUGUAAAUUCCCUUGUGGACCAAAAACUUCCCGGUGUGGACCUUGUAGCUUAUGUGGCAGAGUAUCUUGCCCGGGAUGUCCAGCGAAGCCUUGUUGCAGACCUUGCGCGCCUAAGCCCUGCCGACCUAGGCCCUGUCGACCUAAGCCUCGCCGACCAAAGUCUCGCGUUAAACGUUGUAAACCCUGCAAACCCUGUAAGCCUUGCUGUCCUCCCUUCCCUUUUAAACCCAGUUGUACUAGCUGCUCUGUGUGUUGUGGUUCUAUUCAACCGUGCUCCAAACCUCCAUGCAAGCCCUGUCGUACAAGGUCGCCUUGUAAAAGUUGUAAACCUCCAUCUUGCAAACCCUGCAGGCCGUGUUUCCCAUACAGACCUUGUGUCCCUGACUUGGCUUGCCCGAAAAGUAAAACUAGUAUAGUUUUUGCAACAUGUAAAUCUAAGCCUUGUAAGCCAUGUAGCGCAUGCGAUCCGUGUGGCAGUCCUUUUCCGGCCUGUUUUUCUUGUUAUCCUUGCAUUACUCCUAAAUCAUGUUUGCCUAACUUUUCGUCAACCUUUACACUUUGUUGCCCUCCCAGUAAAUCGUUUAUUCCUUCUAACACAUGCAUUUCUUCUGCGGCUCUGGCCUUCCUGUCUCUGUCGAGGCUGUAA